AUGUAUGAGCAUGAUCGAUCCAUCUUCAGGGUAUUUGAUCGUUUGACCAAAAUGAUUGGUCGCAAGGUGCCAGCUCUUCAGAGAUGUGCUAUAAAUGUUGCUCGACAGCGUUUCUGCUCAUCACUGUCCCCAUGUCGCAGCAUUCUAACUCGUCGCUCACUCUCUGCCUCCACUCGAGUUCCAAUUGCUCAUUUGAGCUUUGUUCCGGUGAGAGCUAUUCAUGCCAGUGGGAUCAGACUUAGUGAUGUCGUCAUCGUGGAAGGUCCCGCUUUUGCUGAGUCUAUCUCCGAAGGAGAUAUUCGGUGGAUCAAAAAAGUGGGAGACUUCGUAAAUGAAGAUGAACUUGUGGCUGAGAUUGAAACUGACAAGACAUCUGUUGAAGUUCCUGCGCCACAAUCGGGAACUAUCGUCGAACUUCUCGUACAAGAUGGAGAUAAAGUUACAGCAAAGCAAAAGCUGUACAAGUUGCAGCCAGGAUCAGCUGGUGCCGCACCUACUAGUGCGCCUCCUAAAGAAGUUCCCAAACCCCAGCCUCCGAAGGAAGCCCCGAAGGUAGAACCUCCAAAGGAAGCGCCAAAACCGGUUGCACCACCUACUCCUGUUGCUGCACCUGCUCCUCCGCCACCGCCCUCCAGCGUACAAGGGCAAAUUCCGAAGACCCCACCACCAGUAUCUCGUCCACCACCCAGUCCCAUAUCCUCUGUUCCAGUUGUUAACAUUCCGGUUCAGCGUGUUACAGUUCCACCAGGCACUUCUCCAGAUCUGGCAAUAACAGGAGCUAGGGAAGAGAUUCGCGUAAAAAUGAAUCGAAUGCGGCUGCGUAUCGCGAGCCGGCUUAAAGAUGCCCAAAACACCUACGCAAUGUUGACAACAUUCAAUGAGGUCGAUAUGAGUAAUGUUAUCGAAAUGCGUGCCAAGUACCAGAAAGAUUUCAUGAAAAAGCACGGAAUCAAGCUUGGUCUCAUGUCUCCUUUCGUACGAGCAGCCGCUUAUGCUCUUCAGGAAAAUCCAGUUGUUAACGCAGUUAUCGACGAGAACGAAAUCAUCUACCGUCACUUUGUUGACAUGUCCAUUGCUGUUGCAACACCAAAAGGAUUGGUUGUACCUGUAUUGCGUAACGUUGAAACUAUGAAUUAUGCUCAAAUCGAAAAAGAGUUGGCAGCGCUUGGAGAAAAGGCUCGAGACAAUAAAUUGGCUGUAGAGGACAUGGAAGGAGGAACAUUCACGAUUUCGAACGGAGGAGUUUUCGGAUCAGUAUUUGGUACACCAAUAAUCAAUCCUCCACAAAGCGCGAUUCUAGGAAUGCACGGUAUCUUCGACAGGCCGGUUGCUGUGAAUGGAAAGGUUGAGAUUCGUCCCAUCAUGCAAGUUGCACUCACAUACGACCAUCGACUAAUUGACGGAAGGGAGGCGGUGACAUUCCUGCGCAAAAUCAAGAGCGCAGUUGAAGAUCCGCGCACGAUACUGAUGAACAUUUGA